GGCAACGUUCUAAAAAAUGGACCAUGUCUUUAGUCCGCAGUAACAGUUGCUUUAGAAACUCUACAUUACUAUGAUGCACGAUGACAUCUAAUCGAGAAAGAUUGUUUCUAUCUUACACACAAUCCAACAACAUCACCACUUAGAUUAGGCUGAUUCUCGGCUGUUCAGCGCUCGCUAUUUAUCUGCUUGAUUGUAGUAGUGCGUGAAUCCGACCGAUAAGAUGACUGCAUGAAAAUAUAGAAGCUGCUACCCAUCAUCGUUGUUCGUAGUUUGGAUUGUACCACUGACACAGUUUGAUGUUCCCGACAUUCGAUCCAGAAACAAAAGUAUGGUCCGGUUUCGAGCAGCCGCCGCUGCUAAAUCCAGAGGCCAGUUUGGGUCAGGUCCUGAUGGCUUUGCUGAAGCGCACUCCCACCAAGGUGAUCCAAAUUGAUGCUGACACGGGCCUACAGAUGACCUGCGCGGAAAUGCAACGGAGGGCGGUACGCGCCGUGCAGAACAUGGAAGCUGCAGGCUACCGGAAGGGCGAUAUGGUUGCGAUGGUUUGUACAAAUAGUGAAAAUCUGACGCCCCUGGUGCUGGCCGUGCUGAUACUCGGAAUGCCGGUUAACUUUCUGGCGCCGAACUAUGGUUUGGAUGAUUUGAUCCACAUGAUGAAAAUUACGCAACCCAAGUUGGUGUUCUGCGAUGCCGAUAAUCUGGAAACUGUACGCAAAGCGAUCAGACAGACAGGAUUACCGGGAGCUGAACUUUAUGCUUUGGAAUGCGAGUCACCGGAUGUGAGAAAGGCGGAAGAUUUGCUGCGGGAGACUGGCUAUGAGCAGAUGUUUUUUCCGCCAUAUUUAGGAGACUCUCGCAAAACGUUGGCCGUCGUUUUGUGCUCUUCCGGGACUACUGGACUCGCUAAGGGAGUGUGCGUGUCACACGCUCAUCUUAUUACGCUCUGCGGAGGAUUGACGAUGUUUAGGAACUGCGGUCUCAUAUUCUGCUUUAGCCCGUUGUUUUGGGGCACUGGACUUUACUGCUUACUGUUUUCUAUAACCAUUGGGGAGCCUCGCUUGAUAACACGCAAACCGUUCAGCGAAGAUUUAUUUUUUGAUUUAAUGCAACAAUAUCCUAUCAGUAAUGUGUUUACCCAACCUGCCUACGCUCAAAUGUUGCUGCGUCAUAGGAGAGUUAACACCAUAGAUUGGUCCAAUUUGGAGAGUUGGAGCUUUGGGGGAAGUUUUGUUACAGAAGAAGUUCGAGACGCUAUUGAUGCUUUGCUUCCAAAUGGACGAUCGUAUAUUACGUACGGAGUCUCGGAAAUAGGUGCCUCAACUGUAGACUUAUUUGGACGUAAAGCGAAUUCCGCAGGGCAAGUAGCGCCCAAUAUUAGUGCCAAAAUAGUGGACGAAGAUGGUACGGCUCUAGGUAUUGGAGAGCACGGUGAGCUGUUGUUGAGAUUCAGUGAACCCCUGCUUGGGUAUUAUAAUAAUCCGACCGCUACCGCAGAAGCUCUUUGUGAAGGCGGUUGGCUUCGAACUGGAGAUAUUGCUUCGUUCGAUGAGGAUGGAUUUCUUUACAUGCUGGAUCGGAAAAAGGAUCUACUGAAAUACCAAGGCCAUCAGAUUAGUCCUGCCGAUUUGGAAGCAAUUAUUGCUCGAAUCGAAGGAGUUGAGCAAGUGGCCGUUGUUGGAUUUCCUGCUGAGCACGGUACUUAUGAGCUGGCAGCUGCGGUUAUUGUGAAAAAUCCGCUCAGCGAUUUGAAUGAGGAAAAAGUUCUGCGGAUAGUCGACGCUCAGGUUGCGGACUACAAAAGGUUACGGGGUGGUGUAUUUUUUGUUUCGGCUUUACCUACCACAGAGAAUGGUAAAAUUCUACGAAGAAAGCUGAGAGAUAAGUUACAGGCGAGAAGUAAACUUUGAGGUAUUAGAGCAUUCAAUAAAAAAAUGAAAAAGAAAGAUUUCA